UUUUUGGGGAAGAAGGGAGUAUUUAUAAAUUCAAAUUCUGGGUUUGAACUCACUGCUAAUUUGCUGUGACCAAACAUGGUGAUUGCAACCGAAGAUUUGAUCAAGCAGUUUCAAACAAUGAUGAAAGAAAUUGAUGAACCACACAAGAUUUCCUUCAAGAAUAUGCAUCAAGGAUAUCCAGCUGAAAAUUUGGUGCGGUUUCUCAAAGCAAGAGAUUGGAAUGUUCCCAAAGCCCAUAAAAUGCUGGUUGACUGUUUAAACUGGAGGACACAAAAUGAAAUUGACAAUAUAUUAGCGAAACCAAUAAUCCCCACUGAUUUGUACAGAGCAGUGCGCGAUUCACAGUUAAUAGGAAUGUCAGGUUACUCAAAAGAGGGUAUCCCAGUCAUCACUUUUGGUCUCAGCACAUUUGACAAAGCAUCUGUUCACUACUAUAUUCAGUCACACAUCCAGAUGAAUGAAUAUAGGGAUCGUGUACUAUUGCCAUCUGCUACUGAGAAGUUUGGACGGCAUAUUAAUACCUGUGUGAAGGUUCUGGAUAUGACUGGUCUAAAGCUUUCCGCACUAAACCAAAUCAAGCUACUUACUGCUAUAGCCACCAUUGAUGACCUGAACUAUCCCGAGAAGACAGAUACAUAUUACAUUGUUAAUGCACCAUACAUAUUUUCAGCUUGCUGGAAGGUUGUGAGGCCUCUUCUGCAAGAAAGAACAAGGAAGAAAAUUCAGCUGCUGCCAGGUAGUGGGAAAGAUGACUUGUUGAAGAUAAUGGAUUACGAGUCUCUCCCUCAUUUUUGUAAAAGAGAAGGCUCCGGAUCAUCUCGCCAUUCUAGAAAUGGAACCGCAGAGAAUUGUUUCUCAUUGGACCAUCCCUUCCAUCAACAGCUCUACAAUUACAUCAAGCAGCAGGCUGUGCACAAGGCGGCACCAAUCAAACAGGGGUCAUUCCAUGUCAAUUAUCCUGAACCGGACCCAAAAGAUGUCAAAAUCGCUGAAACUAUAGAAUCCGAGUUUCAAAGGUUUGGGGGUCAGAUUGGGGGUCAGAAUGGCCUUUCCGACUCACUCCGCGGGGUUAAGAUUAACAGUGAUUGAAAGCUCGAGGAAAACGAAAAUGAGCAUUUUCAGUUACUAUCUGUAUUAAUAUAUGUAGCUUUUAAUACGAUACAAGCAAAUUGCUUGUAACUUUCACAUAAUAACCACCUAGGUGUGGAUUAACUGUAUUAUUAUUUAUUAAAAAAAAAAAAAUUGUAGGAAUCACGAAUCUAAUUGAAAGGUUCUUAACAGCCAAUUUCAUUUGCUAGAA